AUGCCGCCAGCACCGCAGCAGCCCGGGAGCCGAGGGGCCUUGGGGGUCCCCCCUGGCUGGAACCCCCGGCUGCUGGCUGGGAGAGCCGGCAGGGCUGCCCGCGGCCAGGCGGGAGGGCCGCGCCGCGGAAUCCCCGGGGCGGGGCGGGGGGCGGGCCUGGAUGCCGCCGGGCCCCGCAGCGGGGCCGCGCCUCCUCCGCUGCGAGCGGGGUCCGGGCUGCCACAUCGGCACCGCCGCUCCGAGAAGGCGCUGCCCGGAGCGGAGCGGGAGCUGGGCGCGCCGGGAGAUGGAGCCCCGCUGCCGCGGUUGCUGCCGCCGCCGCCGCCCCCCGGGACUCGCGCUCCGCCAGGGCUGCCGCUGCCGGGACGGAGAGCGCGGCGCGGCCGCCUAACGCCGCGGCCCCGGCGGCGCGGCCGAGGGAGGAGGCAGCGCGGAGGCCGCCGCAGCCCCUCCGGCGCCGGGCCCGCGCGGCGGCGAAGCGCGGCCCCCUCCUCCCCGCCCUCCCCGCUGCCGCUUCCCCGCCCCCUCCCGGCCCUCGGCUGGGCUCCGCCGCCGGGAGCCGGGCCAUGGCGGGGUGAUGAGGGAGCAGCCGCCCCUGCCCGCCGGCUGCGAGGGGAGGCAGGGAGCGACGGGGCUGGGCGGCUCGGUGGCGCUAGAGCCGGGUGCCGGCGCGGGGAGAUGUGGAGCGCGGGGGCGGCGGCGCUACAGCUCCUCUCCCGGGCCGUGAAGCAGGCGGCGGCGCAGGGAGCCCGGCAGGACCUGGGCCGCUGGCUCUCCCGAGCCGCCGGGGACCCCAGCGGCUUCGUCCCGGCGGAGGCGGCGGGGACCGGGGGGCUGCUGCUGGGGCCCUACGCGGAGCAGGCUGGGCUGCCGCCGGCGGAGCUGCUGCUGUGCCAGCUGCCCGAGGCGGGCGGCGGGGGGCCCGGGCUGGCCGAGGCCCGGGGCUGGCGCUGCUCCUGCUGCCUCCUGGGCACCUGCUGGUGCAAGAGCUGCCUCAGCGUGUGCGUCCUGGCGGCUCUCUGCUUUGCCUCGCUGGCUCUGGUGCGCCAGUACCUGCGAGACCUGCUGCUCUGGGCUGAGAGCCUGGACAGCUUGGCCGGCGUGUUGCUUUUCACUGUGGGCUUCAUCGUCGUGUCCUUCCCCUGCGGCUGGGGCUACAUCCUGCUCAACGUGGCCGCUGGCUACCUCUACGGCUUCGUGCUGGGCAUGGGGCUGAUGGUGUUCGGCGUCCUCGUCGGCACCUUCAUCGCCCAUGUGGCCUGCAAGCGGCUGCUAGCCCGCUGGGCGAGGGCCAGGAUCCAGGGCAGCGAGAAGCUCAGCGCCAUCGUCCGUGUCGUGGAGGGUGGCAGCGGGCUCAAGGUGGUGGCUCUGGCGCGGCUGACGCCCAUCCCCUUCGGGUUGCAGAACGCCGUCUUCGCGAUUACAGAUUUGUCAUUACCCAACUACCUGAUGGCUUCUUCAGUUGGGCUGCUACCUACUCAGCUCCUGAACUCAUACUUGGGCACUACCUUGCGCACCAUGGAGGAUGUGAUUGCAGAACAAAGUGUUAGUGGCUAUUUUAUAUUCAGUUUGCAGAUUGUCAUAAGCAUAGGACUCAUGUUUUAUGUCAUUCACCGAGCUCAAGUGGAACUGAAUGCAGCUAUUGAAGCAUGUGAAAUGGAAAUGAAGACAUCGCUUGUUAAAGACAGUCAGCCAAGCAUCAGUGGUUCGAGCACAUACUGCAACAAAAGGACAGUAGCAUUCUCUGGAGGAGGUGUCAAUAUUGUGUGAUUUUCAAGUAUGAAUAAAGUAAGGUUUUGUGAACCUGAGCUAUUGCCUAGAAGUAUCUAUGGACAAUUCAAAUAGUUUUUUUAAAAAAUAGAAGUGGUUACAGGUUGUACUGUGGCACAAACCAAUUGACCAGCUCUUCAGUUGCACAUGGGGUGGCUUCUAGAAAGAAAAGAAAGAUGGUCAGGUAACUUAAGAUGUAAUUGCAAAUUUGGCUGCACCUUUGGUCAUUUAUUAUGCCUGUCAUGGCCUGUAGUCUGCACUUUAGAUUUUUUUCCUUUUUGCUCCAGUAAGCUGAGAAAUGCUUCUAUAAACUGAGAAAAGUAGCACAGAGGUAAAUAUUUUUCUGCUUGGCAUUAUUUAUAAGGCUGAAUAAUUAUAUGCAGUAGAAUUUUAUUACUGAUAAAAAUGAAUGAGAAAGUAUGCCAUUCAAUGUAUAUUAUUCUUGAAUAUGCUUUUGUUUUGGAAUUGCUUCCAGGUGUGUAUUAUUUAGCUAAUGAUGGGACCACUGGGCUUUUCCUUCAGUUUUUUUAUUUUGGGGAAAAAAAAAAAAAAAAGAGAACCCUAUAAAAAGUUCUGGUUGAAUGUAUUUUUCUAAGUCAUUAAAAAUGUUGCAGAGCCAUGCAUAUGUAUUCACACAAGCUUAAAUCCUACAUUGUGGGACUGAAGUGCUCUUAAAUAACAUUUUAAGUUACACUGUGUAAUAUGCAAAGUAAAAGGGAAAAUACAGAAGUUGUAAUAGAUUGCAGAGACUGUUCGAAGGAGACUUCAUGACUUAACUCUUGCAUUGGUUUUACCACCUUGGUGAUGUAACAAAGGGCUUGUUCCAUGUUAGUCCUAUUUAUAGUAUUUUUAAUUGAUAAAAGGAUGGAGUUUUCUGAACUCGCAUGACUGCAUGUAAAGGCUUACAAAACAGGGAGCUCAAUCUCCUUUAAACAAGAUGAUGGGAUACUGGCAGUACUAAUUUUACAUGAAGGUGGCCUUUAUUUUGUAAGUGAAUCCCCUCUCCCUCUAAAAAGCUUUAAAAAUUCACUUGGAUUGGCAUGUUUUUUUCUGAAAGGUUUACACUUUUUUAAAAGACACAAUCUAUUCUAAGUUUCACCAGAGUGAAGAAAUGAAAACUAGACGUUCUCCUUGAAAAUAUGAUAAUCCAGUAAUGGAAGAAGACCAUAACGUCUCUGAGACUCAGGAAUUCUGACUCCAUUUUUGCAAGACAACACUGUAUUGGAUAAUGCUCCUUUUAUGUGAGCUGUGGACUGUUUUUCACUGCGUUUGAAUAGGCCAGAUAACUCAACAGUAGCUUGUGUAUGUGUGUAAAAGAAAAACAAUAUUGCCUGAAUGUGCUGUCUUGUAUGUGUGGGUUUCAUGUAGGUAUAUGCUCAAACACAUGGAAGUCAUCCGAUACAAAAAUAUAUAAUGUGAUGUAUUGCUUAUUUUGUAGUUAUUUUGUGUUAAGUUUUUAAGGGUGCUUUCAGUCUUCAAGAUUUAGUGUUAUUUUCCAACAGUAUGACUGUGCCUCCUUUGUGUAAGGCUGCUUGGUUGGUCCAAACAUUUUUGUCUUGUGGAGAACAGAAGGUCUUCAAGGUCGUUGGGAAGCAGAGGUUUGAAAGCCUCCAACAGUCUUACCCUGAGGAUGUUUGGUACUGGCGUGACACCUGCACAUUCCUUGGCAGUGCACGUUCAGAUUUGUUCUUUAAAUAUGUAUCCUUUGCCAACUGCUGUGCUUGGGUCUUGUGACCUAAGGAGCUGAGGUAGUUAAAUGAAGCAAUGAAGGUCGGAUUGUUUUGAGGUUUGUGGAGUUUGUUUUGUUUUAAUUUGAUUUUUUUUUGUUUGUUUGGGUUGGUUUGUUUGUUUGUUUAAAAGGCAGUCUCUAUAUAUUUGUUCAUUUACACACCUCUGCCUCUGACAGCUCCUGUGUGAAAACAAGAGAGCCCAAUAACUUGAUGGCGUUAUUUGUCAUCAUAUUAUAAUUGUCAUCAUAUUAUAAUUGUCAUCAUAUUAUAAUUGUCAUCAUAGUAUAAUUGAGCCCUUUCUUAACUAAAGAUUUGUUUUGUCAUGUUUCUUGGAAGGAACAGUCCUUCAGUAAAUUAACUGAUCUGAACUUUGCUCCAUCUUGCCAAAUCAACAAUAGUGUUUUCAAGAGAGUGUCUCUUUCUUUGCAUUUUUAAACUAACUUAAAGUUGUGUUGAUUAUUCAAGGACAUUUCCCAAAAAUGUAUUUUGAAGUGCUUUUAUUUCCAUGACAUUUUGUAACCAGAGGAACUUCACUAUGUGAACACUUUUGUAGUAUGGAAUUAGUUCUUAAGACUUUUGCAUUUUGCUUGAUACUGUAAUAUUUGUGUACAAGUUAAUGGGAAAUGUGCAUUAAAAGGAACUUUUCUGUACCGUGCCAAUCAUAAUUUUAUACAAUAAAUUCACUCAAAUUUCUUUAAAGGAAUAUGUAUUAAAUGUUUAGGUUGCUAUGAAGUUGGAAAGAA